AUGCCAAGAGACGCAGAAAAAGUCCAGAUGCCCAGCGGGGAUGAACUAGAGAGACUCCGAAACGAAGCUGGAAUCGUCCAAGACCCCAUCGGCGACGAAAACUUCUGGAGACAGAGAAAGUCGGCAAUCAGAUCCGACCCGGUGACGCAGAGACCGAACGAAAAGAAGGGCCGAAUGCUCAACCGGAUGAGACGCAGAAUCGCAGACAGAUUCACUGAUCUGCUGGAACAGAUUCUCGAAGGAUUCUCCGAUCCAAACAGGCAGAUGAGUCUCGACGGCUGGCAACAUGCGAUCAACGGCGCUUCGAACGUUCUCUCGGAUCUUAUCCGAGAAGAAAACGGAAAGUUCAACGAAGACGACCAGAAUCAGUCAGACGAGAGUCUUUUCUACGGAUGCCUCAACACCGCCAAGACCACCAUGGACAUCCCACCGCUCCUCAACGUCGUCUACGUCGACAAAGACCGCCAGAUUCCAGAAGGAAGACUCCCCGCCUACCAAGAGAGAGUCUCAGCUAUCAAGUCCAGAGCGGAUUUCCUGUUCAGGAAAGAUAGACUCCCAAAAAGAGGCGAAGACUCCCUCGAGUCCUGGAAGGAGAAGCGAAGAGACGAGUACAUCAAAGACGGAGUUCCAGAGGACAUCGCCAGAGUCCUGACCCGUCGAGACUCAGGAGUCAUCGGUUGGACGUCGAGACGAGAUGGAACCUGCCAGACCGACAGUGUGGACGCUCAGCAGGCCAAGACUCAGCAGACUCAGACCAACUCAGGGACUGACUCAAAAGACUCCGAGACUCAAACCGAGAUGUCCAGCACCUCGAUGGCGACCCAAACAUCAGCGCCUGCGACGGAAACUGGAACAAUUAGCGACACAGACUCAGAAGAUUCUUUCAACGCACGCUCAGAUCCAAACCAGUUCUUCCCUCCAGGCUACCAACGAAAUGUGGCGCUGACGGAUCAAGACUCCGGCUCCGACUCCGACGACCAAGCGAUCAGAGAGUCCGACGACGAGGGAGACAACCAGGACUGGAACCGACGCACCGAUACCCUCUUCGCUUCAGCAGAAGAAGAGGCAGAGGCAAAAGAAAGAAGCGCGAGAAUCGCCAAAGAAAUGGAAGAACGCCAGGACCAGCCACUGUCGGACAUCAUCGAGGAGUCUGAAAGCCGAUCGCUGGAAAGAAUGGCUCAGAAAGAAGAGGCUGAAGCUCAGCGACGAACUCAGAAGGCGCGCAUCGACAGACUCAAGCAAGAAGCAGAGGCAGAAGCCCAGAGAGCAGCGGACAAAGCCAGAGCCAAAGAAGCCUUGAAGAUCCAGAUGAAGAGACAACUGGACGAGAACACCAGAAUCCGCCGGGAAUACGCCGAGCAAAUCCAGCGCGAAAAAGAGGCGAAAGAAGCUCAAGAAAGACGCAUGGCUCGAGACAAGGAGGCAGAAGAAAAACGACUCGCUGCGAUCAAGGCUGCAGAAGAAAAAGUCCUCACAGAGCCGAGAAUUGGAAUCAGACUCGUCGCGGAGACCGGAGCCAAAGGCAACUACUACUACCUCUCGAAGAAGGAAUCCAAGCUGAUGGAAAGAUCCGCAGUUCGAGACAUGCUCGACAACCGAAGCAUCAGCAACUUCAACGAGGUCAAGCAAGCCUGGUUCAGCAGCACCGGACUCCAGAAGUUCAAAGACUCUCGACUCCCCGGCCACCGCCACUACAAAUACAACAACAGAAGCAGCUGGGAAAUCAAGGAGGGAACCACGGAAUGGAGACUCGACCCAAUCGACUACCUCACCAAAGAAGAAAGAGCUGUCAUCCAUUAUGUGGUGGAGUUUUUAAACUAUGAAGGAAUCAAACGAAGAUUCAAAGAAGCCAUAGACUCUGGACUCCUCAAGCCAAAGAAGCUGGACGUCAUCCUUCUCUUCGCGUACAAAAUCUGUGGAAGUAACCUGGUCCACUACAUGCGCUUCAUCUUCGUCCGACUCUACAAGCUCCACGAGAUUCCCAUCCCUCCAGUGCACUCCGACGCUGCACCAAGACCACCCAGAUACUAG